AUUCAGAAAUUUAAAUUUUGUGGUGAUCUGGAUUGUCCAGAUUGGGUGUUGGCUGAAAUCAGUACUCUCUCCAAACUGGCAAUUAAUUUCUCAAUUUUUCCACAGAGUUCCAUAAAAGUAAAGUUACUAUGCACCCAAGUUUUCAAAAAUCUCCUCAGUGAAGAUGUCGAUCAAGAAAAGAUCGCGAAACUGGGUAGUGAUGCAAAAUUCAAAUUGAAUGAUGUGAAAGCAAGUCUAGCAGUGAUAACAUUAAUACUGAGCAACGCUACAAAAUUUGCUGUCAACUCCAGUUCUCUAUCCAAUGAGCUUCAGCAGUUAGGAAUGCCAAAAGAACAUGCAACUGUACUGUGUAAGUUUUAUGAAGAUAAUGUGAAUUCCUUAAGAGAAGAAUUUCACAGAAAUAGUUUUAAACUGAUCCAGUUAGAAUCAGUGGGUUGGAGGGUUGAUCAUUUAAUUGCCAGCAAUGAAUUAAGUAAUCUAAAUGAACCAAUAGUGAGGCUUAAUAUUAAAACACGUGAUCCAGACGCCAACCAAUCAGAAACCACUUUUGUGACCUUAACAUCUGACAAAUUACUAUUACUAUUGGACGGUUGGGCAAUGACUUUUUGUUCAUAUUUUAAAAUUAUUGAUUUGAAAUACUUAUAG